ACAGCACUUGUACUUUCGCCUUUGCUGUUGUAUUUUUUUUAAUUUCCGGAUAGACAGGACAUGUAAUAUUGAAGCACGUGAUAAGGCCAUCUCUAUCUGCUCCAUGUAAAAAUCCCAUCACAAUGUCGAGCAAACUCUAACGAGAUCGAAAAACUCAAGGAUCUCAGUACAACGAAGAAAACAUACAUAGUUGAUACUAAUGAAAUGAUCGAUUUGAGGUCUAUCAAUUAUGGAUGGACAAAAUCAUGUUGAAGAUUUCUUAAAUCGAAUAAUGUGACCCGAGUGAUCGACUUUUAAAUGGCAAAUGAUAUUGAGGAAUCAGGAGUACCAGCUUAUGUCUUGUUCGCUCUUGGGCUUCUGGGAAAUGGGUUGGCGCUGGGUGUAAUUUGUUGGAACCGUGAAAAUCACCAAUGGCGGUCUUUCUACAUUUUCUUUGUGGGUCUAGCAGUGUCGGACUUUUUAAAUCAGAUGGUAAUGUUUCCAGUGACGGCAUUGAGAUAUGCAUCGGAUUUUGAUUAUGAGAUUUCUCCACAGAUAUGCCAGUUAAUGUCAUUCUUUUACGCCUUCACACAAAUUUCUUCUGGUAUCAUCAUUGCAGGAAUCACUACAGACCAAUACCUAUUUCUAAUGAUUGGACAGAGUCUUGAUACGAUGCAGGGAAAUCGCCGAAUAUACAUUCUCUUUCUGUGUGUUAUAUGGAUAGUUUCGGCACUCGUAUCUUCACUACAUUUGUUCAUAGGGACUAGCCAAGUAUUUUAUCCUGGCUCCUGGUGCUUUGUUGACGUCACAGAUGGAGGCAUUGGAAACAUAACCAGUGCCCUGUUCUACUCGCUGACGGGGAUCGCUGUUCUCAUUUACACCGUGUCGUUAAAUGUAUGUAUUGUGUACAAGUCCUACAGGAACCCCGAACACCGAUGCCACUUGGUAGAUGCCAACCGUAUAACGGGCUUCUAUGAUUUUCACGUCAACAUGUUUCUAGCUGUGUCUGUGACAGUCUAUGUUAUUUGCUGGGGACCGUUCUUGAUAGAUGUACUUUUACGAUCUGUUAAAGUGGUAUCUGGUAACCCUGGGAGAUGGGAGUUGUGGUUGGUGCGGCUGAUCGACAUAAAGUCAAAUAUAAAUCCUUUCCUCUAUGUGUUAUUACGGAAGGAGUACCUGAGAAAUGUCUUCCUGUGUUGUAAAUCGUGUUGUAUAGGAAACAUCCAAAUACCGACAUCUUGUGAAGAAACAGACAGACUCGUGGGCGUCACAGAAAUGUGAUAUCGCCGGAUCAUAUGUGAUGACUAGCAAUUUCUGAAAACCAAGCAAGCAAGUAAGCAACCAAACAAGCAAGCAAGCAACCAAAGAAGCAAGCAAGUAACCAAACAAGCAAACAUACAAGCAAGCAACCAAACAAGCAAGUAAGCAACCAAACAAGCAAGCAAGCAACCAAACAAGCAAGCAAGCAACCAAAGAAGCAAGCAAGUAACCAAACAAGCAAACAUACAAGCAAGCAACCAAACAAACAAGCAAGCAACCAAACAAGCAAACAAGCAACUAAAGAAGCAAACUAGCAACCAAACAAGCAAACAAGCAACCAAACAAGCAAACAACCAAACAGCCAUCUAUGCAAGUAAUCAAUCAACUAUCUUAUGUCUAGAGAGCCAAACCACCAGUCAUUCAUCUAUAACCAACUUUCCAACAAGCUAUCCAGCUUUACUGUAUACCUACAGCCAAAUAAUUUACAUUUUAACAAUCUCUUCACUUGAAAAUGGCCGGAUAGACGACCAAAUACCGACAUCUUGUGAAGAACAGACAGAAUCGUGGGCGUCACAGAAAUGGGAUAUCGCCUGAUCAUAUGUGAUAAAUGUAUAACAAUGUUAGGAUUAUUGCUAUGACUAAGGUCGUAUGGUGUUGUGUUGUUAGAGGGGAUACAAGUUGUAGAUUAUACGUGAAAAAUAGUUGUGAUUUGAGAAAAUUGUAAACCUCAUACAUUUGACAACUUUCUAAAGCAGAUACUUGUUAAUUGCUUGUGGAUAUAUGAUAAGAAGUUUAUAUACAUGAAAUGUGUGCUUUACAGUUUUUACCAAUUCAUAUAUCAUUUUCUUUCACAUGGACCAUUACUUUUCAAAAGAUAUUGUUAUAUAUCGACGACGUUUUAUCUAUUGAAAAUAUUAUUUUCAUUCAUAUGUUGAUUUAAUAUAUCCAUGUGAACACCGAAAUAAAAGACAUCACAGAGUC